GCUGGGCAGUCUCCCAUCCUUCACGCGAGCACAAACAUGCAUAAGAUGUAUGGUCCCUCCGCGCUUCUUUCUUGACUGCAACUACACCUUACAACUAGCCUGCCACUGCGCAUGCCCUUCUGCCGCCCUUUCACUUGAAACUUCUCCAGUCACACAAACUAUUACCACUUCUCUUCCUUAUAAGGCUGGCAGCCCCACACCCCUCGACUGUCAUGCGCACCAGAACCACCAAGGGCAGCCCUGUUGCUCCUGUCCCACGUCCACGCUCCCAAUAUUCCUCAAACGCCAUGCACUGGCUCUUCCGUUCAAACUUGCCUCAUCGCAGAAGCUCAGCUGCAUACAGCGCAGACCUUGGACGGAGAAACCUUUUUGGCAUGAGCGAAGUAUUUGGUGUUCUUCUGAAUCCUUCCGAGACGCUUCGCUCCUUGAGCGAGUCAAAGCGCCUCCUCGAGGAAGCACGCAACGAAAUCGACGAGACACGUGACUCGCGCGAGCGGUCUCCGUUGCGUACAAAACACGCGUUUACUCGCCUACCAUGCUUUCUUCCGCGAGAAACCGAGAUCCGUGUGAUCGAACGUAUCCUGGAGGGCGAGCCUGCGUUUACUGUCUUGUUUGGUGCGAGUUCUGUUGGGAAGACUGCGCUCUUGCGAGAGAUACUCUCACGGAACAUCUAUCAUGUUCUUCACUUCGAUUUACGCAUACCCGGUUUUGCGGAUAUGACGAGCCUUUAUAUGAGUAUGUCGCGGCAAAUAGAACGGUACUUUGACGAAAUAUCGAAGACGAUGCCUGGAUACGAGGAAUUCCGGAAGGAGGGUAUGGAAUUCAAGCACGAGAGGUUAAACGUCGAACGAAGGCUUAACGAUUCUCCUGCUGGAAGCUCUGGUUCGCAAGUAAGGACGUGCGAUAUCGCGAGACUCAUGGAGCUCUUCCAGAGUUCGCUUCUCAAGUACAGUGAGUUUGAGCCGCCCCCAGAGCAGCCACAGGCAAAUGGAAAGCGUAAGAAGGACUCCGAUGUGUCCUCAGACAGGACAAAACUCAACAGUUCAUCACCUUCUUCACCCUUGCAUAAAUCCCGGUGGUUCUUCAAGCGCAAAGGCACGACGCCAUCCGAUGGCCAGCAGAAUCAGGAACUGCCCUCGCCGAUGAUUAACUCCAACAUCCACGAAAAGGAGCAUCAGAAGGGAACCAAGAGGAUCCCGGUAGUGUUCUUCGACGAAGCACAUAAACUCCCUGCGCUGAUCCAGUCAUCUGACGCGAUGAAAUGUCUCCUGGACUCGAUGCUAGUACUCACGAAGCAGGACAGGUUAUGUCAUGUAAUCCAUGCCACUAGCGACCCUUUCUAUCAAGCAUGGCUACGGCAGCUGAACGUGAUGCAGCACUGCAAGAUUAUCACCAUCGGAGAUUGCACGAAGGCAGAGACGCGCACCUUCUUUGUUGAGAAAAUGCUGCCUCGCGUUCCAGAACACCUACAAGCAGCCUUAUCGUUUGACUCAUUAUAUGAUGCAUUUGGUGGCAAGCUAGCGCACUGGAAUGACUAUGUCAAUGAUUACAUCAAUGCAGGUGGAAACUUUGAAAUAAAACAAAGCUCCCACUUCCUACAGGCACAUGCGGUCCUCAAUCUUCACAUCAUUCACUCCUCACAAGCCACCACAGUGACCAGUGGCGGCCAAGACCCCACAACACCCAGCACACCUGCCGCCCGCCCGCGCUCCUCCGGGCCUGACGCACUGCAUGCCAACCUCGGGCCCGCUGGUUUCAAAACAUACCCUCCUGUUCGAAACUCCCUCCGUGACCCCGGCAGCGUCAGCGAGGACUAUUCUUCCGAUUUCAGCGCGAUGCAGUUGCUCAAGGUGAUGAGCAAGCUGAGUCAGGCGGGCACGACCCAUCUGCCAUAUUUUUUGCUGUGUCGGGAGCUUGGCGUGCGCGCGGUGGAUGGGAUGAUCAAGGGCCGCGUGUUGAAUCUGCAGUGGACAGACCCGGUGACGCACGAGGGCGAACCGCUAGCGCGCCCUGAACCAGUAACGCCUAGCGCCAUUAAUCCGCCGGUGGGCAUCAUACCCAGCCCAAUCAAUAUCGGGAGCGGCAGCACACUUGGUGCGUCCUCAGAAGACGGCGAUAUGAUGGUGGUGAAUCCCAUCAAUAUGUCCACACGGGAGCUCGGGCAGAUCGACGAGGAGGACGAGGAUGAUGAAGUAAUUGGCCCCAAACUGGUGCCCCUGACGCCGAUCAUGCGCUAUGCGAUGCGGGAAGUUGUGCUGGAGUAUGAGGAUGUGCGGACAUUGUCGGAUUAUGCUUCUUUUACUGAUGUUGAGGAGUAUUGAGUGGCUGGCUGGCCUUCGCCCGGUGUCCUCUUCUUUCCAUUACAGGUAUUUAAUAAGUUAUUCAUCGAUCAUCUCCCUCGUUAUACCAUUGCAUUCAUUUUCUGACUGUUGUAGUGUAUGCCGUGUUGUAGGUCUGCUAGCAUUAGUCUUGUACAGGCUCCAAGUUGGCGUUGUCUAAGGGAUCUCGCUGGUUAAUCUGAAGUGGAACCCUCUUGG